AUGACUCUGAACCGCGGCGACAAGCUGCGCUACCUGGACAAGCGGCGCGGCACCAUGCCCGUCUCUAUGCACCAGCAGCUGCACCGCCGGAGCAUGCCGGUGGACGAGCGGGACCUGCGGGCGGCCCUGCCGCAGGGCGAGCUCUCCGGCUUGGUUCGCUGCACCUCGUACAACCCCAGCGAGCCGCAGCGGGAGAGCUGGGCCUCCGACUCCUCCGACUCCAUCACCUCCUCGGGCAGCGACUCCGACAGCAGCCUCUACAAGGUGAUCCUGCUGGGCGAGCACGGCGUCGGCAAGACCAGCCUGGCCCGCAUCUUCGGCGGCGUGGAGGACUGCGCGGACGCGGAGGAGGCCGGAAAUACAUACGACAGAUCGAUUGUAGUUGAUGGAGAAGAAGCUUCCCUCGUGGUGUUUGAUAUUUGGGAGCAGGAUGACAGCCAAUGGCUUCAGAACCACUGUAUGAAGAUGGGAGAUGCCUAUAUCAUUGUGUAUUCAGUGACAGACAAAGUUAGCUUUGAAAAGGCCUCUGAGCUACGAAUCCAGCUCAGAAGAGCAAGGCAAACAGAAGACAUUCCUAUUAUUCUUGUGGGCAACAAAAGUGACCUGGUCAGGUCCCGAGAAGUCUCAGUUGAUGAGGGACGGGCCUGUGCUGUUGUGUUUGACUGCAAGUUCAUCGAGACCUCAGCUGCUCUUCAUCAUAAUGUCAAGGACCUCUUUGAAGGUAUUGUUCGGCAGAUUCGGCUUCGCAAGGACAGUAAAGAAGACAAUGCCAGGAGAAUGGCCAACACAAAGAGAAGAGAAAGCAUAGGCAAAAAGGCAAAGCGCUUCCUUGGGAGGAUUGUGGCAAAGAACAACAAGAAGAUGGCUUUCAAGGCAAAAUCAAAGUCUUGCCAUGACUUGUCUGUGCUUUAG